ACUUUUUUGCACAAAAGGGUUUAACAUUCUUCAUUACUCAUACACUCUUUCAGCCGAUCCAAUUCCAAAAAAAUCAGUCAUCAUUUAGAAAAAGAAAAUGUCCGGUGCCGCCAUCGCCGCCGUUAGGUCAUUUACACGGUCAACUUCCGUCCGUAGUGCCGCCGCCAGACUAUCCUCCGGGACCAGAACCCCCAUCUUUCGUUUGCCAUCCACAAGACCUCGCAUCUUCAGGCGGCCAGUUGAGCUGAGUGCUUGUUUGGAGACGGUGCUGCCAUUUCAUACAGUUACUGCCUCUGCUUUGAUGACUUCUAUGCUCCAUCUUUCUCACCCUAUUUACGCUUCCCUUCCUGAAGGUAGCUAACUAGCUCUUUAUCAACGGAAUUUUGAUGGAAUUGUGGUAUCGAGUUACUGAGGCUGUUGAGUGGCUGAGCCGUAGAAGUAGCUGUGUAUGCCAACAUGUUAAUUUUUUUGGUGUUUUCGGAUAUGGAUGCAUUUAACCAUUUGUUGUUUUCGAGUUUGCUAAGUUAUUUCAGACAUUGUUUGAGGAUCUGAUAACAUUAUUUCUUCCAUACAAAUAUGUUCUCUUUAGUAUCAAUUGUAAUAAAGCUGUAUGGGACAUAAUUGGUUCAGUUAGUUUAUGUGUCAUGGAGAACUCAGACUACUUGGUGUGUCUACUAACGUUGAUAUGAACUCCGUAUCAAGUUUAAACAUUAGAAGUAACAAAGUAUCCAAUAUAGCCAGUGUGGUUCUAUA